ACAUUGUCUUUUUUUUCUUUCAUAUUUUGCUUUCAGUUUCCUCAUUUCUCGAUAAAAAAAAGAAACGUCAGAGAAAUGUCUUCUAAAAGACAAUCUGACUUAGAAAUCAGAACACAUCUUCGUCUUCUUCCACGGAAAGUUGGUAGUGGCUCGGAACAGCAAGAACUGCUCCGUAAUCGCAGCCAGCUCAACAUUUGGCUCUGUCAACCGGAAGAAGAUAUUGCAAAAUCGAUUGUUGCAAAAAUGAUUGAAGAGCACAACAAGGUGUACAACUUAUCAAUUGAAUUUUACACAGAGAAACGGCGAGAACGGUUUGAUAGGAUGAAAUGUUCACUCCGGCACCGUGAAAACGCAUUUAUUCAAGAAGUUAUUCGUCGCAAACAAAAAAUGGUUGAAAAGAAGCAUUACGAUGGCACAACCCAAUUUUCAAGUUGUGAUUAUGUAAUUAUGGGAAUUAAAUCGAUGUUUUGCUUCAAAUGAAUAAUUCAAUAAAGUUUACAGUAAAGUUUU